AUGGCUGCUCCCGACGACGUCGCCAGUUUUGUCGGUCGCGUCGCGACUUUCGAGGCGCCCAAGCAAUUAACCAAACGACGCGCAUCCUCCACCACCAAGAGAAAGGCGCCGACUACCGUUUCCUGGCCGCAUACCGCCCCUUCCGUAGAAGACCUCGCGCGCGCUGGUUUCUACUAUACGCCGACUGCCAGCAAUCCCGACAAUGUAACCUGCUUUUCGUGCCAUCGCAAGCUCGAUGGAUGGGAGCCCGAGGACAACCCAGCCCUCGAACACUUGACACAUGCGCCUGAAUGCGCGUGGGCAAUCAAUACUUCUGUAAUGCACCUGCCGGUGGAGGAAUUGGAGGAUCCAUUGAGCGAAAGGAUGACCGUUGCGAGGACGGCUACAUUCCUCAACUGGCCGCAUGAGGACAAGAAAGGAUGGAAGUGCAAGACGAAGAAGAUGGCCGAGGCUGGAUGGUGUUUUGAUCCUAGCCCGGAUUAUGAGGAUGGUGUUACUUGUUUCUACUGCUUGCUGUCCCUUGACGGGUGGGAGCCCAAAGAUAAUCCUGCGGAAGAGCACCACAGGAGGUCGCCCGAUUGCUCCUUCUUCGCUCUUGCCGAAGACUAUGCUCCUACCAGAAAGGCGACGAAAGGGAAGAGGGGACGCGCAUCUACAGCUUCCAAAGCGUCGCGCUUGUCUAUUCAGUCUAACAACUUUGACACUUUCUCAGACGCACCAUCUUUUAUGUCAUUAGGCGACGACGCGGUUCGGAACGACGACAGCAUUGUGACAUCUGCAACUGGAGCUACGACUACCUCGAUGGCGAAGGGAAAGAAGGCGACUACCAAGGCCAAAUCGACUGCCAAGGGAACCAAAAAGACUACACGCGGAAAAAAGGCUACUGAGGAGUCUGAGUCUGUAUUGGAGCUGGACCAGCCAACCUUGGAACCUGCUGAUGCGGAUGGAGACCUAACUCUUGGAGAUAUCGAAGCAGACGAAGGAGAUAGUGCGUUGAGCACAGCAACGACCGCUUCGAAAGCAGGCCGGGGCCGGAAAACGGCAGCAAAAUCUAAGAGUGCAGCAAAAGCUACGACUCGCAAAACUUCAAAAGCCAAGAAGGCUGCAGAUUCUACUUUGUUGGACGAAGAGCCCGCGGAGGCAGUGGACGAUGAAGCCGAAUCGGAACUUCCUAAGCCCAUUGGAAGAGCAACGAGAAGAACCUCACGACUGGAAGUUCAAUCAUACCCGGAAGUUGCACAGGCUGAGCCCGUGCCCGAGCCCGAGCCUAAAAAGCCCAAGGCAACGCGGGCAAAGGGCGGACGGAAGGACAAAGCUGUGGAAGAGUCGAGACUCAGCAAUGACCAGAGCCAGCUCCAGACUGAACUGCAAGAUGCGGUCGAGAAGGCCGAUGAACUCGAACCACCUAAGCCCACAAGCGGCACUAAGAGGACGAGUGACGGUGCACCCAAACUCUCGGGAGUUGAGGAUUCAUCCAUCAUGGUUGUCGAUGAGCCGCCAAAGCCUGCACCAAAGGCGAAGCGAGGAAGGAAGCCGAAGAAGGUGGAGGCCCCUGCGCCAGAGCCUGUUCCAGAGCCGGCUGAGGACGCAACUGUAGAUGCAGAGUCUGCUACAGCACCUGCGCCCAAGGCUCCUGCUGCUGCCAAGCCUAAGCGUGGCCGAAAACCCAAAGCCCAGGCUGUCGAGGAGUCCACUAUUGCGGAGCCAGAGCCAGAACCAACUCUCGACGAAAUGCCCGCACCGCCACCACCCAUGAAAUCCUCUGCCUCCAAAGUUCCGGUCCGCAAUAUGGCUUCAGCACCACCUAAGGAGCCUUCGCCAGAGCCCGAGCCUGAACCAGAGUCCGAGCAAAUUGCUGCACCAGAGCAAGACGAAGUACCUACACCUCAUGAAGAUGAUCCAGAGCCCGAAGAAGAUCAAGAACAAGCGCAGUCUCCUGCUCAAUCUUCAAAUUCCCCUGCUCCACCUCACGAACUUUCAUCCUCUCCAUCCGCUCAAUCCUCCGACGCAGAGAACAAGCCGCCGUCCUCGCGUCCAGCAUCAACUCGGCCCCCCCUCUCAGCUCGGCAAAUGGGUACACGGAUUCCUCUGGCAGACAGUAGCAGCACACCACAAGCUUCGCCAUCAAAGCGCAAUGCCAACAACGGUGGUCUUGCGUCCACGCAUCCGUGGCGCCCCGUCGACCUCGAGAACGUCUUUUUGCCCUCGCCGCAGACGAAACGUAUCCUUCAGCAAGGUGGCGUGUACGCUGGCACGAGCAAGGAAGACAGCGCUGAUGCAGAGGAGCAAGACAUGGAAGACGAUGACUGGGAAGCUCUUAGCCCCGAGGAACAGAUAGCCUACGUCAUGCGCAGUAUGACCGACCGCGAGAAGAAGAUGAGCGUCGAGGAGUGGGUAUACGCGCAAGCAGAGAAGGGAGAACAAAGACUGCGGGAAAAGUGUGAACGUCUGGUUGGGCUGUUUGAGACGCAAGGCACAAGGGCCAUAAGAGCGGUCGAAGGUAUUGAUUGUGUCUGAUCUGCUUGGUUGGAUCGGAUUAUUGAUGCUACAGCGCAAGUGCUAUUGUGCUCGGAGAGGCGUAGAAGUUUUGGUAUCAUUGCGGCAUCGUCUGGACUACGAUGGUUAAAAAAUCUGGUUUUUGGGUUGGGUAUAUAUACAGGAAGGCCAUUGGCGUUGCGGACGGGUUCCGCAUGGGACAGGAGUAAUACAAGGUCGUAUACAUUGUCCAGCGUAAGACAUCAUCCUCCACAUUAAGCUUCAGC